AUGGGAAAUACAAAUAUCUGUUGUGUAGAACAAAUUGAUGAACCUUUUGACAAACGCAAGUUUCUAUUCCACAAAAAACUAAAUAGCCUGAAUAAUCAACUGAUGACAACAAUCCAAUAUCAGGAUAUCAUCAUUUUUCACAAGAAUGUAGUGGCAUAAUUAAUCUUGAAUUGCAGUGCUCCAAGAUUGGUAUCGAUAACUGAAAAAGAUCCAGAAACUAAAUUGGAGUUCUAUGCAAGAAUUAAAUAAGAAAUAGAACUUAAUCAAUCAAAUUUCUUCAAUUUACUAAUUGCCAAUUACUUUUUACAUUUCAAUGAAAUUUAUGCUGAUGAAGAGGUGAUUGACAUCAUCUAACAAUUUGACACCAUUUCCUAAAUGCUCCGACUUGUUCUCCUCCAAGGAUUCCAGCAAGAUCUAAAACUCUAUUUUGGCAAUGAUCUAGACAAACUUCCUGAACAAGAGUUACUUGUCUAAAGAGUGCUCUAACAUUAUUUAUUGGGGAAAACCUCCCCUAUAAAGAAUAAAUUUAAUAAGAUGCUCAAUCUAUAUUAUUAAUAGAUCUAGUAUGAUGAACUAAACCAAUCAUGUGUUCCUGAAAAAGGGACGGUUUUGGAGUAAAAUGAUUUUGAAAUAGAUCAAGCUUUGAUACCCAUCCAAGGGGGAGAUAUCGUCAAUCUCUCUAAUGACAGUUUUUUGGAGUCAUCAGGUGGAUCUGUCAAGCCAACAUAACAAUAGACAAUUAUUCAAAUUGAUAAUAUCAUUGAAAAUGCGGAAAAGCAAUUUAAGCAUCUUCCAUAUGCCACAACUUUUGAAAUCCUUAGCCAAAUGAUUAAAACCACUAAACCAUGGAAGAAAUUUCUUCUUAUUGAAAAAUUUGACAAUUUGAUCAUUAAGACACUUUUAACCAAUAGGGAUUAGAGUUAAUUAUAAAGUAUGCAAGAUAUCCUCUUUGCUGAAGAUUCUAGAUCAGAUAUCUACUUAUAUAUCUUUCAUUCAUAUGGAUAAUAAUUCAAAGUGGAUUUCAAAGAGCAUCUAUUGAAUUCUUUAAAAUUGAUGUGGGAAUUUGAUGGAUUACUUGGAAGUGAUAUCAAAUAUAUCUAUUGUCCUUGUUUCCUUAGAUUUACAAAUGUUUUGGAAAUGUAUGUGAAAAGUGUUAGUGUAUGA